AUGGAGAAAACAGACGAAACAGUAGUUGAGGGCGUGAUAGACAGGUCUACGGAAAGCGACCCAUCUAUUGAAAUUGCAACAGAUGCAGAUCGGGCGCUGCUGCGAAAGAUUGACUGGCGCUUGAUGCCAGUGUUGUGUAUCACAUAUGCCCUUCAGUACUGGGAUAAAGGCUUGCUUGGACAAGCAGCUGUGUUUGGUCUGCGAACAGACCUAGGCUUGACAAAAGGAAAAUCAUUCUCUUGGGUCUCUGUGGUAUUUUACUUUGGCCACAUAGCUGGCAUGUAUCCUGCUUCGCUACUUGCCCAACGGUUCCGCCCAAAGCGUGCUUGCUCUGUCCUAUCAGUUCUGUGGUCAAUCAUCAUGCUCACAACUCCCGCCUGCAAAACCUACUCUGGCAUUCUAGCGAAUCGAUUCUUCCUCGGCGUCGUUGAAGCCGGCGUCAACCCGAUAUUUAUGCUCGUUGUCGGCAUGUGGUAUACGAAACAGGAGCAAGUCUUGCGAUCUAGCAUUUGGUUUUCAUUCAGCGGCGGCUCGUUAUUAAUUUCCCCGGUAAUCAACUUUGGGUUGGCUCAUAUCCAGAGCAGCCGCCUGCACCCGUGGCAGAUCAUGUAUUUAUUUGCAGGCGGACUUUCUUUCUUUUGGGGCAUUGCACUGCUCUUUAUAUUCCCCGAUACUCCAGAGCACGCCAAGGGCUUUACAGAAAGCGAGAGAGAGCGCGUGAUUGAGCGCACACGUCUUAAUAACGCAGGCACCACGAACACAAAGGUGAAGCUCUACCAGAUUACGGAGGCACUCUUUGAGUUCCAGUUCUGGGCUAUUAUCGUUUUGUCUUUAUUGAGUUGCACCGGCGCAGCUGUUGUCACUCAGUUUGCGUCCAUCGUGUUCAACGGCAUGGGAUUUGAUGCUUACACUUCUCUCUUACUCAAUCUUCCAACUGGCGCUAUGGCUUUUAUCUGUGUCCUGGGCUCAGGAUAUCUUGGAAGAAACUGGAACAACGGUCGGUUCUAUAUUAUCUCACUUUCUUGCCUGCCGGUCAUUCUUGGGUGCUCGUUAAUUUGGAAAGUCGACAAUCGAGGCGCAAAGAUCUUUGGCUUUUACUUUCUUAAUUUCUUUUCAGCAGCUUGGGUCCAAUGUAUUGGCCUGGGGACGUCGAACGCGGGCGGUUAUACCAAGAAAUCCGUAUAUGCCGCCGGAACUUUUAUCGGCUAUUCAUUGGGCAAUGUUAUGGGCUCUUUACUCUUCGAUCAGAAAUUUGCCCCCAAAUUUAGUCAAAGCUUUACAGGUAUCAUGGUUUGCUUUGCUGUUUGUUUCUUCCUUGCUCAAGCGGUUCGCUUUAUGCUGGAUAGAGAAAACAAGAAUCGAACAAAACUCUAUGGGCCGCCUACCUUUGACAAGGCUCUCGAAGACCUAUCUGACAAAGAGAAUACUUCAUUCAGAUAUGCUUUAUAA